ACAGCAUCCCCCUUAGACCCGGAAGCGGAAAUGCCCCCGGAUCCAAGAUGGCGGCGGAGGCGGCUGAGCGGCAGCUGGAGUUGCUAAGGGAGGAGCGAGAAGCUGAGAUCGCAGAGAGAAGAGCAUGGCAGGAAAGCGUCUCCCUAAAGGAACUGCAGCGCAGAGGCGUCUGCUUACUAAAACUUCAAGCUGCCAACCAAAGAACUGGCCUCUAUGGGCGUCUGCUUGUGACAUUUCAGCCUAGAAAACAUGAUUCAGAUGCCGAGCUGCCUUAUAACAGUUUUGGGCCUGGUGACAUCGUGGGCCUUUACGAUUCAGCUGGCCAAGGUGAUCUGCUCUCCACUGGCAUCGUAACACGUGUCACCUCCAAAGCAGUGACCGUUGCCUUUGAGGAGUCUCGAGAUGGCAUGCUGAGCGUGGAUCAUGAGAGCUCGUACCGCCUGCUGAAGUUAACCAAUGAUAUCACCUACAACAGGAUAAAAAAAGCUUUAAAUGCACUAAAGCAUUAUCACGGUGGUCCAGCCUCUCAUCUGAUUGAUGUCCUCUUCUUUUCUUUGGAUCCAAGCCCAUCCAGUGAAACAAAGCCUUUAAAGCUCUACAAUGACUCGCUGGAUGCAUCACAGAGGGAGGCUGUCUCCUUCUCACUAGCACAAAAGGAGCUUGCCAUCAUCCAUGGACCACCUGGCACAGGGAAGACCACAACAGUGGUAGAGAUCAUCUUGCAAGCUGUCCAGCAAGGCCAGAAAGUCCUAUGCUGUGCCCCUUCCAACGUUGCAGUGGAUAACCUGGUGGAAAGGCUGGCUGGCUAUAAAGCCCGUAUCCUGAGGCUUGGGCACCCUGCUCGUCUACUGGAGCCCAUCCAGCAGCAUUCCUUGGAUGCAGUCUUGGCCCGCAGUGACAGUGCCCAGAUAGUGGCAGAUGUCAGGAAGGACAUCGACCAGGCUUUUGCAAAAUCCAAAAAGGCUCAAGACAAAGGGGAGCGGGGCCAUUUUCUCAGCGAGAUUAAGGCACUGAGAAAGGAGCUGAAGGAACGAGAAGAAACUGCCAUGACUGUAGCCCUUACCCACGCCAGUGUAGUCCUUGCUACAAAUACAGGUGCUUCUUCUGAUGGCCCGCUGAAGCUGCUGCCUGAGAACUACUUUGAUCUGGUGGUGAUAGAUGAGUGUGCCCAGGCCCUGGAAGCCAGCUGCUGGAUACCUCUGCUGAAAGCUCCAAAGUGUAUCCUGGCUGGGGACCACAAGCAGCUUCCCCCCACCAUCAUCAGCCACAAAGCUGCUACCAAGGGCCUUUCACUCAGCUUGAUGGAGCGUGUCAUCAAGAGGUACGGGGAGAAGGUUGUGAAGAUGCUGACAGUGCAGUACCGGAUGCAUGAAGCCAUCAUGCAAUGGGCUUCCUCAGAGAUGUACGACGGCCGGCUCAGUGCUCACCCAUCAGUAGCCCAGCAUCUACUCAAGGACCUGCCAGGCAUCACCUGCACAGAAGAAACCACGAUUCCCUUACUGCUCAUAGACACUGCUGGCUGUGGCCUGUUCGAGCUGGAAGUGGAAGAUGAACAGUCUAAGGGGAAUCCAGGAGAAGUGCAGCUGGCUGGUUUGCACAUCCAGGCUUUGGUAGAUGCUGGUGUGAAGGCGCAAGACAUCGCUGUUGUUGCCCCCUACAACCUCCAGGUGGACAUGUUGAGGGAGCAUCUUUGCCACAAGUACCCUGAGCUAGAGAUUAAAUCAGUUGAUGGUUUCCAAGGCAGAGAGAAAGAGGCAGUGAUCCUGUCAUUUGUGAGAUCCAACAGGAAAGGUGAGGUGGGUUUUCUCGCCGAGGACCGUCGGAUCAAUGUUGCUGUGACACGUGCCCGGCGCCACGUGGCCAUCAUCUGUGACAGCCGCACAGUGGGCAGCCAGGCCUUCCUUGGGAGGCUGCUGGAGCACUUCAGGCAGCACGGCCAGGUGCACACAGCAUUUGAGUACCUCAAUGACCUCGUGCCUGAAAACUACUCCCACGGAGGGGAGCAGCAGCAGAGCACCAAGGCUCCUGCAGCACCCAGCACUAAACAGCAGCCAGCUCCAAGGAGGAAACCCAAAGCAGCAGCUAAAGCAGCUCCUCAAAAGCAAGAAGCACGUUGCUCCCCUAGCACAAGUAGACCUGGGGGAGAGAGCCCAGGGACAAAAGGUGACACAAACAAGUUUAAAGCUGAGCUGGAAGCCUUCCUGCAGAGUGACAAGACACAGCUGGAUUUCCCCUCAUCUCUCAGUCCACACGACCGGAUGCUGAUUCACCACCUGGCCGAGGAGCACGGGCUGCAGCACAUCAGCACCGGGGAGGGCAGAGACCGCUACAUCAGCAUUCGCAAGGAGCUUGGUCAGGCUGUGGUAGCCCCAGCCGCAACCCCCAGUGAGCAGCAGCCUGCUCCUCAGACACAGGACUCCAGUGGGGAAGUUCCAGCCCCUACUAAACCUGAAGAAAUAAGUGAGGGCUCAGGGAAAGUGGACCUGAAAAGGCUGCACCUGGAGAGAGUGCAGAGGGAGAAGGCCAGGCGGGAGGAGAUGGCAAGAAAAGCUCAGGAGUCCAGCGUUAGUACUCGGGGCAGCAGCAGGAAGAAAGACAAAAGUGAAUGCAAAGGAAAAGCAGCAGCUAAAACCACAGCAGACGGUGCUUCGGAGGAAGAUAUAGACGCUCUGAUUUCUGCUGCCAUUAAAGCUGACAACACCUGUGGCUUCCCCCACUGCAAAGCCAGUGUCACAACCCUGGGCCAGAUCUGCCCGCACUGCAACAGGCGAUACUGCUUCAGCCAUCACAUCCCAGAGGUUCACAGCUGCGGGGACAAGGCCAAGGCACACGCUCGGCAGUGGAUCAGUAGGGAGGGGGUUCUGUACCCUGGGAGCGGCCCUAAGGAUAAAUCCCUGGACCCCACCAAGAGAGCCCAUCUCCAGCGCCGCCUGGACAAGAAGCUCAGUGACCUGACAAACCAGCGCAAGAGCAAGAAGAAAGGCAAGGAGAAAUGAAGGAGCUGAUUUAUUUCCUUCUGGGGACUUGGAAGUCAACGUCGGUUGGACUGCAUGAAGCAAUGAUGCUGCUAAAGGUAUGGGGAGGUAGAAAAUCGGAGCUUUUGUUUUGGGUGGUAGCUGCUGAACAAAUAGGCACUGGGGCCUCCCUAAACUUCGGAUAGAGGAGAGCACUUUCAUUUGUCCCUGUUAUCCUUACUGACAAAGGAUGUACACAGGCUGCAGCACGCCAAUAAAGACAUAUUAAAACACUGAAA